AAGUGGCUCAUUCCGUUAGUCAAGCGGAGGGCGGGUGCCAUUGUCAGCGUCUAACGGGACAAACUGGGUAAUCUGAUUUGAAUUCUCAUGUGUCGCUUAAUCGCUCAUUAAUGUCGAACGCUGGUUUCUUUGUUUAUUCAACUGCUUCAUAUUGAAGUCGCCGUCAUGCUAUUGGCGCUGUUGGACCUGUGGACGGUCCAUUGGGAGUUGGUCUCCAGGGUUGACACCGUACUGCUUUGCUCCCUCACGGCCGCCCUCUGCUACCUGUGGGGCCGCAAGAGUCAGAGGCCAUUGCUGGUGUGCGGCAAGAACUUCCGUGACUUCCUCGAGGAGCACUGUCCCGCGGUGACCGAGACCUUCAGCCCGACCCCGUGGUGCUGGGGAGGCCGUCUUCAAACCGUACUAUGUUUCCUCAUCAAGUCCAGACCGCACGUCGCUUAUCGCAACGAGCGUAUCCGCACGGCCGAUGGCGGUCAGAUCUCGCUGGACUGGGAGGACAACGACAGCAGCGCCGCCUAUCGGCGAGCGUCCACGCGGCCCACCGUCCUCAUCCUGCCGGGCUUGACUGGCAACAGCUCGCAGUCUUACGUGCUGCACGCCGUCACGCAGGCCGCAGCCCACGGCUACAGAUGUGUGGUCUUCAACAACAGAGGCUUCGGCGGGGAGGAGUUACUUACACCGCUCACUUUCUGUGCCGCCAACACGUCCGAUCUGGAGCUGGUGGUCCAACAUGUGAAAAGCCUCUACCCACAAGCCCCAGUUUUUGCCGUGGGUUUCUCUUUAGGAGGCAUGUUACUGCUGAACUACCUCGGCCGGAAAGGCGCCGAGUCGGGUUUGGUGGCGGGCCUGACAGUCUCUGUACCCUGGGAUGCGCUUAAGUCGGCGCAAAGCAUGGAGGAAGCGCUCAACUGGCUGCUCUUCAACACACACCUCACGAGAGGACUGUGUCGCGCCGUGCUCAGGCACAGGAAGAUGCUGGACAAAGUGGUGGACAUCGACCACGUCCUCAAGGCACGCAGCAUCCGUGAAUUUGACGAGCGCUUCACGGCGCCGCUGUUUGGCUACGAGUCGUGCACGGAGUACUACCGCCACGCCAGCCCCGACUGGAAGCUCCAGAGUAUCGCCGUGCCCGUUCUGUGCCUCAACGCUGCCGACGACCCCUUUUCCCCGCAAUGCGCUUUUCCGUUGAGUGUAGCCAAAGACCUACCCAACGUGGCGCUUGUGGUGACGUCCCACGGUGGGCACAUCGCCUUCUUGGAAGGUUUGUUCCCGCGCGCCGCCGGCUACAUGGAGCGUGUCUUCAGCCAGUUCGUCCGAGCCGUCUUGGAACACCCGCAGGAUGUCCGCCAAGCCUGUGGCCUGGCGUGCAGCUGAAUGUACACUUGUAGCACACAAAAAAAAAAAAAA